AAAAGUGUCAAGUCAGUAUAAACGAUUCGUUUGCUUUGUUAUGAUUUGACUUAAUCACAUUAGAUUUGUUGCAAUUACACACAUGUGUCUAAUAAAAUCUAAAAAUAACAAAAAAAAUAUAGUACUGAUAUCUGAGAUUUUAUACUCCCUUGAAAUUCCAUUUAAACACCGACAACCAAGCAGUGAAGCGUCUAUUUACUAGUAUUCACCCUACCUUCGCAAGCUCAGAGGUGUGAGAAAGUAGAGAAGAAAAAAAAAGAAGCAAUGGCAGGCGACAUCAUGACAACCUCAAAGCACACGCGCACCCUCACCCCCCAAUUCAUCAGCACUGAAGGCUAUGAAGCGGCCCCGUCAGUAGGGGCGACGCACAUCGGCAGCCGCGGCAACCCCCCUCAGCCGUGCGAGUCCUCCGCUAGGGCGGCGCCCAGCCACGGCGCUCCCUCUGAAUACCCCACGUCGAGCGCGAACCUCACCCCUAGCGAGCGCAGGGAAGUCGUGGAGGUCGUGGUCCACACCCCCUACGCGGUUUCGAACGGAUCCGUCAGGGACGAUCUGAAAGGUACUGGGCAGCACAAGAGCUCCAGCUUUCAUGCGCGGGUCACCUCCGAGAGGGUGACGUGGAAAGACAAGUCGCACAGCGGCGAAGGCGAAGGCGUGCCAAAAGUGCUUCUGUUACACCACCGUAUGGGGUAUAGCAUCAUUACACUGACAGAAUCGCAACGGAAUCUGUAUAAGUGGGCAAAUCUGGAGAAGUAUUUGUUAUACAAAGGACAGAAGUACUCUUGUGUGAAUAUUUUAGGCCGUUUCUGCAUCAUAUUGCUCAUUAUUUACACUUUCGGCACCUUGUUCUUAGCGUUUAGCAUGAGCACAUCGAGUUGGUUGGUUUUACGAUCUGGCGUAGUCUAUGAGAGCUACAGUCUUUUUGUGAGCUGCCAUGACCAGCCACUUAGGCUCGCCGUGUGCAGUAUGUAUGCAUUGCUUAAACAUCAUGAAAGCUUGCUCCCGAACCUUGCGUUGUGCGCCGCAAGAGGAAGCACUCAACUAAAGUAUGCAUUCACAAUGUUGGGGGUUUCUAUUUUUCACAUUAUCUGUCAGAUCAUUGUCCUUUUUGAGGUCUUUUGGAUUGCAGGGCGCCCAACGCGAUCACGCACACUCCUUAUGACGAUUCUUUUCCUCUGGCUCUGUGUGUUCGCAGGCAUCGUUAAUAUCGUAUUAUUUCCCCAUUCCGUUGACUGCGAGAGGAAUGCUUGUAAAAUGGGCACACAGGGAAGUCCAUCAUGCGAACCCUUCUAUGGAUGGGGUUACAGGCUCUAUAGCGCAGUAAUUGGGAUCAACGUAUUCUGUGCGUUGAUGUCAAUCUGUAUGUACAGCUAUAUCCACAUGAUAGGCCAGAACAUUUCAACACAGCUAGAGGAGGAGCGGAGCCGCCGCUGUGAGCAAGAAGCUGCUCAACAGUGUAGUCAGGACCACAACAGUGGUGAAGCUGAUUUCGAAGCGGGUGACAAUAUGAAUUAUACGGUAAACAACAAUAGCUUUGUGAAAUGCACUAAAGUCAAGCCUUUUUCAAUGCAGGCAAGCACCACAACGAGAGACGGAAGGAGUAGCGGCUACUAUCGACUUAAUAAUUCCUGCAUGAACUUCUCCACACAGAAUCGCAAUGGGCAAGCAGUCCAUUCACCUCAGCACUCAUCACCGAACUUUCGGCACUCUGAUGUGGUGCAGCAUUUAGCUAAUUCCAGCCCCACACGGUUUUCCAGUACCAAAAGUGAAAGAAGUCAGGCGCGUGUAUUCUUUCUCGAUGGCGGGGAAGACCACCCCAGAAACGGUAAAGAGGGCUGCGUGGCUUCCGACACCCUUCCUCACCCUAACGCCGCGAGGACCAUGCCCGAGCAACACCUUGAGUGCUCUUCCCCGCUGUGGCCUGUUCACGGUAAGGAAACCCCUCCCGAGUCCACGCUGCGGCCACAAUCUCGAGGGGUUGAGUUUCCUCAUGGAUGUGAGAUUUACCCCGCUGAAGGGUGGCGCCCGAGGUCGGGGGAAUGUCGGACCGCGGGCUCGCAGCAUAACGACUUUCCCGAGCAUCGACACGUGCGUAAGCGCCGUAGCCGUCUUUCUCGCCUUUUCAGAUGGGACUCGAAUCCAGACUACAUCACCGCGGCGGAGCUUGGGGUACGGAUUAACGGUGCCCAAGACUGGGUAUACCACGACCGGAGCGAUAUGUAUUAUUCCUUUGAGCGCAACAUGUUUUGGGAUCCGUUAACACAUGAGUAUUUUAACUGCGCGUUAAAAUGCUGGCAAGAAACACCUGACAAAAUAGCUCAUACAUGUAUGUUAGCGACCACAGGGACUCGGGGGAAGAGGAGGAAAGUUGAAUCGAGGGAAAUCGGACGGUGA